UACCGAAACCGAUCGCAGUGCUCGGUGCCGCUGGUGCGAAAUUUGGACCGCGGGGUCGUGGGUACUGGAAUCGUAGCCAACCGCCGAAGGAAACCUACGAACAGUACGAGUCAGACGACUACGCAGGCGGUUUCAUUACCUUCGAAAACGGGCUCGGCUUACAGGUGGAAAGUUUCUGGGCAUCACACCAACCCGAUGAAUUCCAGAUAGAACUCUUCGGCACCGAUGCCGGCGCGACGAUGAGUCCGUUGCGACUCUACCGUACGGACGAAUCCGGCACGUCUGAGGAUAUAAGCGUCAAUCUGCCACCGGGUAAAUACAAGGAAGCGUGGGAUGCGAUCGCCGAUCACUUCAUUGAAUGCAUCUUAGACGACGUAAAGUGUAAGGCACCCCUCCGCCACGGGUUGAUUGUUCAGCAGAUGAUGGAAGGUUUGCUCAAAAGCGCCGAAACAGGACGUGAAGUCCAAAUUGUAUUUUAAUUAUUCGCAAGGCGUUAAAUGAGGUAAUUUGUUUGUUGUCCGUUUUUUCUCAUACUCGCCUGCGCCGUUGUUGCAGGCUGCUGUCUUUAGUUAAGGUUUUUCAGUACGCAACCCUAAGCCUUCCAUAAGGUAAAAUUAAAAAAUGACCCUUGACAUAACAACACUUCGCGAUGAUUUUGAGAAAAACGGUUUCGCUAUCGCAUCGAAUCUGUUCGCGCGAAGCGAAGUUCAACGUCUCAAAUUAGAAUGCAUCGACAUUCUGGAAGCCGUUAAGUCAGAAACAGGUGCAGUCGCUGGACACGGUGUUUACGUCGGUUUAGCUGCGCGGAGUCCCGUCUUCCAAGCCGCAGUCGGUGAUGCGCGGAUACUCGAUAUUUUAGAAGGCAUUCUCGCACCGGAUAUUGAGUUCCUGAGCGAUAAGAUGGUUUUUAAGAACGAGGCGAUGACCUUCGCCAGCCCUUGGCACCAAGAUUGGUCCUAUUGGUACGGUGCACACAAGCUCUCGAUUUGGGUCGCGCUUGACGAUGCGACUGUUGAAAACGGGUGUCUCAAGCUCUUUCCGGGUUCCCAUAAAUCCGCCAUUGUUCACGAUGGCGAUGCCAGUGAUGGCACUGGGUUUGGGAAUCGGCUCCGUUCGGGUGCCGUUGACGAAAACCGUGCCGUUACCGCGGAGGUCGAAGCAGGGGGUGCCGUCUUUUUUCACGAUUUGACCCUCCAUUCCAGCCAUCCUAACACAUCCGGCGAAGAACGCUGGGUCUGGAUCCCCACGUACCGAGACGCAAACGCGGAAGACACCGAUUAUCCGUGGGCUGUUGCUGCGAAAGUUUUAAGGGGCGAAAAAAUUGAUGGAAAGCGACUCUCAACAAAAGCGCGUGAGGUCCCAGACCCACGUGUUUAACCGCAAGGAAAAUUAGAAAUAUGUUUAAAAAUCUGAGUACCGGUGCAAUCGGCAUCCGGGCAAAUAUGACAGAAGGCUUAGCGUUAGCAAAAAAUUCCGGUUUUGAAGGUCUCGACCUGAACAUUGACGAAGCCAACCAACUCGCACAGGAAAACUCUGUUCAACACGUGAAAGACCUCUGGUCAGAAGCGGGCAUCGCGAUGGGCGGAUGGGGAUUCGGUGUGAAUUGGCGUGGUCCCGAUGCUGAUUAUUACGCAGGCUUAGCACAACUACCCGAACGCGCAGCACUCGCCGCAGAGUUGGGUUGCUAUCGGACAACCACC